AUGAACGAUGAUCCUAUCCCGAGCGCCGCCGCCGCCUCGGGCAGUGAGCCCACCCACAACGACAGACCCGACGGUACCGCUGAGAAUGCACCCGAAGGCAGCCGUUCCGGUGGUUCUCGCAAGCGAUCGAGGUCGGCGGCGCGCAGGGCAAAGGCCGGCCUGGCCAAGAAGCUCGAGUUCACCACACAUCUCAUGACCAGCCUGGACAUGGUUGUCUUCGCAGAGCUCUGUGCCUUGUACUAUCUAGACUGCUCCUUCUUUCGUUUACUAAUCCGCAUGGGCACGCAUUCCAUGUUCCUGAGCCCCAAGUCCGAAGAAUACCUAGCAUUGGUCCCGGCGCACCGUCCCCAUGUCUUUGCUGUCUUCGGCCCAAACGCCAUCUGCAUGCUGUUGCACAUCUUCUCGUCUCUUCCCACAGCGAGCGAAGCGAUGCACGGAUAUCUACAUGGGGGUGUCAUAAUCGACUUUGUCGGCCAGAAGGCCCCCACGUCGAGGCUGGGCUUGCUCCUUCUCGACCUUGUCAUACUAGCGAUACAGUGUUUUAUGUUGGCGGUGCACGCAGAGCGACAGAGGCUGAGGAAAAUUGUCCUACCCUUGAGAGCUACGCAAGGGAGCUCGGCAGAGACCAGUGCCGCCCCUGCGGCGGAGACGGCUACGGUGCCGGUAGCACCCAGCCAGGAUCACGACUCGGAGGAACGCGGGGUGUUAAGCAACGAGGCUGCCACUGUGGACGAAACCAAUGAUGUCGAGCUGAGGCAGCUCGAUGGUCAGGGAUCGCAAGUAGCGGCGGAAGAGGACGGGGAGAGCAGCCGCCUCAUAGCUGAGUCGUCGAGGCGGCGACUCCCAGAGCUGAUGGAUACCUUGCGGUCUGGAAACGCGAUUCUCAACGACUUUCACGUCAUCCAAGCUAUUAGGACCGCCGGCAAUGACUACCAGGGCGCGGCGGCUUACUCUCUCCAGACAUUGGGCUAUACGGCCACAUUAGCCAGGCUGGCUGCGGAACGUCGAGCCCGGUUGGAGAUCCGCCGACGAAGGCAGCAGCAGCAGCAGACGUAG